AUGUCCAAAGCGAAGAAGAAACCAGAUAUCGAAUUCGCACUAAAGCGCAUAUUCAAGAAACAAGCAUUCCGAUCAGUUCAACGUGAAGUCAUAGAGUCUGCACUGGCAGGUCACGAUGUGUAUCUACAAGCAGCAACGGGUCUUGGAAAGUCAUUGUGCUUUCAACUGCCCGCAGUGGUGGUUGAUCAUGACAACGGUAUCGGAAUGGCCGGAAUCAAAUCAGCCACCUUGAACAGCAGUGUAUCCGCCGAAGAAAGACAAGCGAUUCUUGCAGAUCUUGAGUGCGGACAUCCAAAAAACCGCCUUCUAUAUGUUACUCCAGAGCUUUGUGCUACCCAGAGCUUCCGCCGUAAACUUGCACUGGUAUACCGACAACGCGAGCUAAAUCGCAUUGUGAUUGAUGAAGCCCAUUGUAUCUCAGAAUGGGGUCACGAUUUUCGACCCUCAUUCAAGCAACUAUCUUUCUUCAAGUCGGAAUAUCCCUCGGUACCAGUAAUGGCAGUAACUGCCACUGCCACCGAAAAAGUAAGAUUUGAUAUUCUUAAAAUACUCAAUCUUCCCUCACCAGCUACAAAAAUAUUUCUCCUCUCUACAUCACGCAACAAUCUUCACUACGAGAUCCGAUAUAUGAAUGAUUCUUUCGAUACGUUCAAAGAUAUGGUAGCCUGGCUGAGAGAGGUUUAUGCAAGACGAGAACUACACCAAGACCUUAUCACGCAGGGCUUGCGAAAAAGGAAAAGGAAGACACCACUACCACCAAACGUUCGGUUCAUUGUGCACUGGCAAAUAGGAAAGUCAUUUGAAAGCUACUACCAGGAAGCUGGACGAGCAGGAAGGGACGGUAAAGCCGCGAGGUGUAUCCUUUAUUACAGCAGGGAGGACCGAGACCGAACACAAUAUCUUGUAAACUUGGAAGAAAAUAAAAGAAUGCCGAGUGAAAAGGGCCUCGGAAGGGCCACAAGCUUUGACGCUUUGGUCAAAUACUGCGAAGACAUCUCGACUUGCCGCCACCUAGCCAUAUCUAAAUAUUUUGGUGAAGUGAAGGCACCGACAUGCGAUUUUGCCUGCGAUUAUUGUAAAGACGUAGAUGCUCUAAGGCGAGCCAACCUAAGCAUGCUUUCAGACGAAGAGCGGAUAUCGACACAACGAGAAGCUGGGUUAUUUUAUAAUGCUGGAUACGACGAAUGA